GUUUCAUUGUUCAACUAUCGUCAAGGUUAUAUAUCGUCCUACACAAUAUUUUAAACAGACAAUAUGUUAACGCAAUGUCAUAGAGAUGAUGGUUCUUCUUAUCAUUGUAAACGAAGAAAAAACUUUGACUAAUUAUGUGUGAUAGCGACUCAGGACUAUCUAUAAGCAUGAAUGGGAGUCAAAAUGAUUCACCUACUCAAAGUCUUGUCUUCAUUAGAGUCAUUAUGCCAGACGAGACCAGUGAAACAUUUAGUUUCAGCCCAACAGAUUUAAUCGUAGAUGUCAAACUCACAGCUAUAAAAAGAUCAAGUUGUUGCUUGAAGGAUGAGUUGAAUUAUGGUCUGUUUCUUCCCCCGUCAAAAGGAAAAGCUGGAAAAUUCUUGCAAGAAGACAGAAUGUUAUUAGACUAUCCCUUCGACGGUUCAGUUGGUCACUUAGAGUUGAAAUAUAAACAACGCGUCUAUCGUGUUUUGAAAACAAAUGUGAAUAAGCUCCGUAAAAUAAAUACCAAGGCAAAUUUUCGUCAGUUUAUUGAAUAUGUCAAGGUGGGUGAUGUAGAUAAAGUUAAUAAAUGGUUGAAUAAAGGAUUGGACCCAAAUUUCCAAUGGAAACCAAACGGAGAAACUCCACUCACCAUGGCUGUACAGUUGGAAAAACCAUAUGAAAUGGUUAUGGCUUUGGUGGCUGGCGGAGCACACUUAGAUUAUCGGGCAUCAGAUAGUAUGACACCGAUCCAUCGUGCUUCAGAGAAAGGCAAUUAUGAAGCUAUUAAGGUACUUCUUGAUCUUGGUCAAUCACCGAAUACACGAGAUAAGGCAGAUUUAACACCAUUAUAUUAUGCAGUAUUGAACAACACAAUAUCUUUAUGUGUUGAACGAUUACUAUUUGAUCAUUCUCCUCUUGGAAUAGCAGAUGAAGCAGGACUUCAAGAAAUACAUCAGGCAUGUCGAUUUGGUCGUGUACAGCAUUUGGAAAUUUUACUUGCCUACGGUGCUGAAAUUAAUGUACAAACAUCGAAGAACGGCAACACCCCACUUCAUAUAUGUGCAUACACCGGGCAAGAAUCCUGUGCUCGGAUGUUGUUAUUUCGAGGUGCUGAUAAAAAUAUAAAAAAUUUCAAUGGACACACGACUUAUGAACAAGCAAUGAUUUCUAAUCACAUAGAAAUAGCAGAUUUAAUUAAAGGUUUUCAUGAACAAGAUGUUGUUCCAAUUCGUAAUUAUCUAAAGCGUAAUCUUCGCCGAAGAUCAUUUUCACGUAUACGAUCACAGCAAAGGUGUUCUAGUAUGGGGCGACUGAAUGACUUCUCAAAGCAAAAUGGAAUAACUGAAGUAGAUGGAUUAUCUGAAUUUGAAAAGGAUCAUUGUAAUACACUUAAAGGGAACCACAUGAUAAGAAAUAAUACAUGGAUGAAUACCAGCAUAAGUGGUUAUCAAUUAAACUCUAUAUCUGAUUCCAUAGAUUUUAAUGAUAAUAAAAAUUAUAUGGCAAUGUCUGAUGAUCAGAAUAAUCAUUUAAACCAAUCUAGAUCUGCAUAUAAUCUCAACAAACUAUCGAAUGGUAUCAAUCAGAAGUGCCAUGAUCCUAAUGACAUAGUUUAUCCUAACUAUUCAGCUACCAUGAGACCAUCCCAAAGUCGUCGUACAGGACGUUCGUCAACACCAGCAGCACCUCGUACAUCAAGUGAAUCCUUCAAAACAACUAAUUUACAGGACCGACACAGUACGUAUCGUCCAAGUUUAGAUCCAGCGUGGAUAUCUCAAACAAAUGAAAGUGGCUCAGAAACAGCAUCUAUUUUUAGCGUUAGUUCAUCUAUGCGGACUCCAUCCACGAAUAGUGUUAGGAAUGGAUCAGCGAUCUUGCAGCUGUUAUUGGCAAAUCGUGACAGUAUUGCGGAUUUGGAUACCACCAACUUACCUAGAAUGAUUGCACUUCAACGAGGUCCGAAUGGUUUUGGAUUUGUUGUACGCGGUAAAAAAGGAAUAUCUGGAAAUUUUACACCAUGUCUUGAGUGUCCAGCAUCACAAUACCUUGAAAAAGUUGAACCCCAUAGUGCAGCAAGCAAGGCAGGUUUGAAAGCAGGUGAUUUUAUAUUGGAGAAUAUUGGGGGAAAUAAAUGGAAAUCCAGAAAAUUAUUGCAAAACGUUUAACAACAUCCUAAAUACACUGUAAAUUCAGCACGUACAUGAUAAUCCAGAUGGUUGGACCCCAGUUGUUUUAUUCGAAUUUCACAUCAAAACAGUUACUGAGGACAAUGAUGGAAUUUUUCAGAGAAUGGUAAAGUGACUGAACAUGUAUAAGCAGAUUUUUUAUUAUUAGUGAUUAUUAAUUUAAUUACUUCGUUUCAGUUAAACAAUUCACACUGCCGACCGCGUAAUACGUUUCUGGCCGUAAAAGAGGAAAUUUACCAGUUUGCUGAACAAUAUAUUAUUCUUCCAUCACUUGUCGUUCAAUGGUAUGGAUAAGUAUUGUUAUUUGAUAAGUUAUCAGUAGAAGAGAAUAUCCAUGUCUGUGUUGCUGUUGUUCCCAUGGUACUUCAAGAGUGUUUUUGACACAGACGAAAACAUUUCAAUAUCGUAUCCCGAAAAACUCCAAUCUUAUUUGCAUAAUGUGAAUAAAAUUUUUCGUAAAACGCCAGUUCAUUUAUUUAUAACUAUUUUAUCCUUCUCUCCUUCAGGUAAAUAAUAUCAACGUUACUACAAUGUCACAUGAAGCUGUUGUCUCACUUAUUAGAGGUUCCAGUGAUAUUUUAGGUUUAAAAGUGAUAACUGUUGACUCUGAUCAAAUUAAUUCAACUCCCAAAUUAUCACAUCAAUCAGCAAAAAGUAACAAAUUUUACGAAUCUUCAGACAAUAUUUACAGUUCAAAAGCAAAAAAAUCCAAUUAUGAGGAUAAGUUUUCAAACAAACAUUGUGAUUCUGUAGAAAAUCAUUGGCCUAGGAACACUGAAAGUGCUUACAAAACCAUUUGUAGAGACUCAUUUUAUAGAAAUCAAAAUAAUUUUUCAAUACUAUUAGAAAACUCAACAAAUAAAUCUUCAUCCAACGAUUUUAUUUGUGAAGAAAAAUUAAAGUCUCUUCGACUAGACCCCGGUCCAUCGGUAUCCUCAAUGGAUGUACCUUCGUACAGAACACCAGUCCCCUCAACACCGUCAAGUAAACCAGUUCUAACAACUGGAACUUUAUCUAAAAGUGUAUUCCAAAAUGGACCAAAUUAUAAAAAAGCAGAAUGUAAUCUGACUAUUAGCCUAAAGGUAAGUAUAUUAAUUGAAGAUUCGAUAGUUUCAUUAGUAUUGAUAAUUUUAUGCUCUACGACUAAAUAUAUCUUGCUCGCUGGUUUUCCAACUUUAGAAUCCUAAAAAUUAUGUAAGGUUUCGAUCGAUGUUCGUUUUAUGCGACAAUUCGUUUUAGUCAUACAUUUACUAAAUGCGUGGGAACUGGUGUAUUUAGUGUGCAGACUCAAACUUAUAAAUCUGAAAAAAAAGCAGAGUUAGUGGAAUAUUUGUGUAAAACUUCAUUCAAGGAAAUAUCUUUACACAUCUGAAUAAUCUAAUAUUUAAAAGUAAGGACACAAUAGCUUUGUUGACAUGAGGGCUAAGUGUUCUUACCACACAACAACAAUAAAAAUACAAUGCAAAUUGCAGAAUCUGCUGAAAUCUCACCAAUUUUUAGAGACCAGAAAUGUUGAAUAAUCAGUGAUUAAAAACAACUGGAAUAAUAAAUUUAACAGAAAUUUGAAGUAACAAUGUACUUAAAUGUAAAUUCAAUUGGAAAUUGCAUCGAUUAAGAAUCGAAUGGAAACUACAUAUCACUUAGGAACUAAUUUGUGGUUAUUUUAAAUACUUAUUGACCACCACUCGUUUACGGGUUCUUAGUCUGUAGUUUCAGUGAACUCUAAGAUAUUUAUUUUCAUCAAACUACCUGUUUAUGUAAAAGUAGACUGCCCGCCAGUGAUUGUUUCUUGAUGGCUUACAGAAAAAUCAAUAAUUAAUCCAGAAAUUUAUUGUGAACAGUUUCAGAAGUGUGAAAUUUAUUUUCAAAACAUAAGACUCAAACAAGCUGUAUAAAAAAACAGAAUUUUUGAAAACAUUUGUCACUAAAAUCAGGAGUACAGAUAAUUAACUCUCUUCGAGAAUCCAGAUUUUCCAGUUUAAUCCUUGCGUUGUAGGACAAAACUAACAUUCAGCGUCCUCUAGUUUUUAGCGGUUUUUAAAGCGACGUCAGUUGAUCAAUUAAAAUUCCUUGAAGCUGAAUGAAAACCUGUACUGAGAUAAGACUGAAGACAAAUAGUGAAUAUCUGAAGGCUAUAAUUACUGCUUCGUAGGGCAAGAUUGCUCAAAAUAUUUUCUAUCAAAUGAAAAUUGUCGAAAUAUUUUCUUGACAACCUGAUUUUAGAUGUAUAUUCAUUCUAAAGUCUUCUUACAUCUUGAGUCAUGUACUUUAUGUUGUGAUGCUGUUUGACAGACUUCAUCAUCAAUAAAAGGAUCGAUAAGCAAAAUCGUUAGAGGCUUUGAGUUGGUGCUUUAAUAAAUAGGUAGUCUGACGCCUGAAUUAAUCUCCUUGUCACUGUAGCCAUUUAUAUUGUGGUUAUCUGUUAUUUGUAAUUAAAAUUAAAUCAUUCAUUUUAGCUUUUUAUGAUUAGAACUUUGUUUAAUCUCUUCUAUUUAUAGCAGAUAUUUUAUCUUCUCAGUAUUAUUUAAUGUGAGUCCUAUGUUUUUUAGUCCAGGCCAACACUCUCAGAAAAAACUUUCGAUUCUGUAGAUAAAUGUGAAAAUUCUUUAUCCUUUGAUCAUCCACCUCCUCCAACUCCACCUCCUAUAUCUUCUAGCAGCAUAAAUUUAAUACCAUCUCCACCGCCACCUAUGACAACUCCAAAUAAAACGUCUUCCAGUAUAAACUCUGAAUUGCCAGCAGGUAUUCUGAAAAAGACAUCACAUGAUAAGUUUUCAGAAAGUACUAAACCGUCUAAAAAUUCAGAAGAUGCUCGGAACCAGGAUAUUUGGUCAGAUCAGCUCUUACUCCCUCCACCCCCGCCUCCAGAGGAUUUUGAAUUAAAUGUUACUGAACCGGGGACUCGGCACUCUAAUUGCCAACAGAAUUCUAAUGGUUAUGACAUUAAUAAUCAUACUGCUUACAAAACCUUUUCAUCAUCACAAACUGUUAAGAAAACAUCUUUUGAAGAUAACCUUAGAAGGGCAGUAGCUGAACGCCGUCGUUUAAUUGAAAUGGCUUCUGGAGAGGAUGACCAUGAUUCUGAAUCAAUACUUAAUAAAGGUUUUCAUAAUACAACGUAUACAGAGAAUAAUACCAGAACUUUAAAACAGCAAGCAGAAAUUGUUUCAUCAAAUGAAAAGUCAUUCAAAACAGCUGCCGAAAAACUACAUUUUCAGACAUUAUCUGGUAUUUUACCAACGAACAGUACUAUUCCUCCACCGGAAAAUUUUAAAGAUUUCGAUAAUUCGAUGAACAAAGUUCAUUGUAAUACGGAACUAAAUAAUGACAAAGUUCCAAUAGCAACUAAACCAAAACUUCAUUUAAUACAACCAUCUUAUACUAAAAACGUAAACACAACUCAAGGUUCAAGAACUAUUGAACAAAGUAAACUUAAUUCGGUAAACUCAUUGACCAAUAUCAGUUGUAACGGUGCUCAUAAAACUGAUUUGUUGCGAGAGAUCUCGACAUUUAAACAGAACACUGUUACAGAAACGAAAACGAGUUCUGGAAAAUCUAUUGGUUAUCCUAGAUCCACAACACCCUCAUCGCUUCAACCUUCAUCUUAUUUUAUUUCUGAUGUUCCUAAAAUAAUGUGGUCUACUAAAUAAAAUCAUUUCAAGAAAGUACAAUCAUCUAUCUGUUGAUUAAAUUUCUUUCCUGUUACUAUGUUAAUUAAACAGAUUGUUAAUACAUACUCAGAUUCUUAUUAUCGUACAAAACUAAGUACUUUUCAGAAAGUCUAUUGUUUUUUUUGACAAAUGGUAAAUUGGUCAAGUUGUAAAAAGAACAAAAACAGAAACCAAAUUUAGGCUUGUCAUAACAUAGAAAAUUGUUAACAAUAUUCAAUUAUUUAGUUUUCAUACAGUGAAAAUGCUUAGUAUUCAUUUGUUCAUUCAAAUAGGCAUGUUCAUUGGGUUAACUAUUUUAGCGUUCAUUUCUUAUUUAACAAUUAUUCAUAUGUAUGAAAUGUUUUACUAAACAAUAAAUACCACAUACCACAUUAUUGAGAAGUGUGAAAUAAUAUUGACAAUUUUUCAUCCAUGUAGUUACUUAUCUUAAUUAAAAUCACACAUUAAAACUGUACUGAUCUAUUGAAGUAAUGAUUAAUAUCAAAAAUAACGGAUUUUCAUUCGUUAAUGACAAAUAAUAAUGUAUUUGUUUUCAAAUUCAAAUAAUUGUUUAUUAAUAGAAUAUAAUUUUUAAUUAAAAUGAAAUGAACAUUAAUAAAAACAGUAAAUGAUUUUGUUAUUUC